AUGACAUCGACCAUGAGACGCUCAUUACUAAGGAACUUCACGGCGCUAGGAUUCGUCCUAGGCACGGCGGCUUCUAGCCAGCCAGAGCAACUCUACGACUAUAUUGUCGUGGGCGGUGGCCCUUCCGGUAUCAUUACUGCCGAAAGACUCGCCGAGGCCCAGAAGAAUGUCCUAUUGCUCGAACGAGGAUAUGGGCCGACAGUUGCAACUGGUUCAAAUCAUACCCUUAGUUGGAACGACACACUAACUGAGAUCGAUAUUCCUGGUCUGUCGGCUGAUGUGGGUGCUCUUGAAGUGUGGAAUGAGUAUAUCUGCCAGGACACCCCAAGCUAUGCAGCCUGUGUGCUUGGUGGUGGCGUCACCAUCAACUAUAUGGUCUUUGUGCACCCCCCGCAGCGAGAUUUUGAAAAGUGGCCCCAGGGAUGGCAGUGGAACGAUGUUGCGUCUGCCGCCGCAAGACUGUAUGAAAGAAAUCCAGGAACGACUUUGCCGUCAGCUGAUGGUAAGAGAUACGACCAAGGAUUAUAUCAGGUUCUAUCUACAUUCUUCAACAAUCUUGGCUGGAAGUCUGUGGAUAUGAUUGAGCAACCGGAUGAGAAGUUCGAGGUAUACAGCUACCCCUCAUGGAACAUCAAGGACGAGAAGCGCGCUGGGCCUGUUCGCACAUAUCUGCCUCUGGCGCAACAGCUUGAGAACUUCACUCUACAGCUUGGCGCCAAGGUAAUCCGGCUGGUACGAUCAGGGUCCGAGGUCACUGGCGUUGAGGUCGAGACUGCGAAUGGGGACCGCGAGACCAUCGGACUUGCCCCCAAUGGCAGAGUCAUCCUGUCCGCCGGUGCCUUGUCUACACCUCGCAUCUUGUUCAACUCCGGCAUUGGACCUCGCUCCCAGAUUCUGACUGCUCAAGAAACAAACGUCACACUGCCAGCUGAAGACGAGUGGCUCGACUUACCAGUAGGCUUGAAUCUGAAGGAUCACCCCAUCUUCUCUAUUGUGGUCAAGACCAACGGGACAUGGGGACUCCCCGACUUUGAAGCCAUACUCAAUGGCACCGAUUCUUCGAUUGGCCCGUACGAGAGCCAAAGCUCCGGACUUCUUACCGAGGGAAAACACCGCGCCAUCUUCUUCACUUCCAAUGUUGCCAGUGAUGGUGUCACCCGGUACUACCAGGGAUCUUGCGCUCCUACCGGCGAGGGUGUUUUCACCAUCAGUGCAUACAUGACCCACGGACUUACCUCAACGGGUGUUUUGGGCCUGGACACUGACGGCAAUACCCGCUUCGAGCAGUCGCCUUACCUUCAAACCUCUGGUGAUAAGGAAGCUGCUGAGACCUUCAUCCAACAGAUGGUUGAUGCCAUCACGGCGCCCUCCACGGGUCUUAAGCUGCAGACCUACACAAACACGAGUGCGAUUCUUCGUUCUCUGACUAGCGGUAUCCACUAUACCGGUACGGCCAAGAUGGGCAUGGAUGAUGGCCGGAAGAACGGCACGUCCGUGGUUGACACCAACACCAAGGUGUAUGGAGUGGAUAAUCUGUUCAUUACUGAUGCUAGUAUUCAUCCUGAUCUGCCGACUGGCAAUAUCCAAGCUCUGGUCAUGAUCGCGGCAGAGGCUGCUGUAGAAAAGAUCUUGGCUUGUGAGUAA